CCACUGAGCUGGAAGCAGUGUCACCACGUGACUCCUCUAGUGAGAGCCUGCUGUUUGUUCAGCCAGAGAGGCAGAGAAGAAGAAAAAUGGCGGCUCUAGGCGAACCCAAACGGGACGCCGGGCUAACAUUUUGAGCUUUCACACCCGAAAAGACACAGGGGCUUCACGGGGUAACCGCACCGCCUGAAUCCUCACCGGUCCAGCUUUGCAGGGUGCUGUUUUCGCUCACGCCGGCGGUGGCUACAUAAACGCAAAAAUUGGCAAAGUAACAUAAUAGGUUUCGCUUAUCAUGAGAGGGAAGAGGGGCAGGCCGCCCAAACCGCUACAAGCCGAAGAGCCGUCCCCAGCCACGGCCCGGGGCUUGCGACCAAGGAGGAAUUUGAAGCCCAGGCUAAGGGACAGCGGGGAUGAGGAUAUCGAGAGCCCCACAAGGGAGACCACCAAGUCGGCUAAAAAGAGGAAAAGGGGAUCCGUCACGUCAACCCGGGGCAGGGGACGAGGUAGAGGUGGCGGCGGUGGCAGAGGAGGCAGAGGAGGUCGUGGAGGCAGACGGACGCCUGCCUCCAAAACAGUGGUGUACGACGACCACGAGAGCGAGGAGGAGGACGAUGCUGUCAGUUUGAGGUCGGAGGAGGACGAGUUUAUCGAGGAAGAACCUCAGUCCGAGGAGGAUGAGGCCCUCAAAGAGGAUUCUGACUGUCUUGAAGAUGAUGUGCUGGACGACGAGGAGGAGGAUGAUGCCAGCUACUGUACAGAGAGUAGCUUUCGGAGUCAGAGCACACACGCCAGCACACCGGGGAAGAAAAAAGUACGGGCUCCGCGACCUCGUACUCCCAUUCUCGAGGAGAAGGAGAUUCCUCCUCUUGUGCUUCCUGACACCUCUGAGGACCUUCUCGUGUCUAAUGAGGAGCUGCUUAAUGCAUCCUCCAUCUACGAGGUGCUACGGAACUUUAGUACUGUGCUGCGUCUCUCUCCUUUCCGCUUUGAGGACUUCUGUGCCGCGCUGGUAGGCCAGGAGCAGUGUACUUUAAUAGCUGAGACCCAUAUUUCCCUUUUGAAGGCCAUCUUGCGUGAGGAGGACUCUUCCAACACUACCUUUGGCCCUGCUGACCUCAAGGACAGUGUCAACUCCACUCUGUACUUUAUAGACGGCAUGACUUGGCCUGAGGUAUUGCGAGCGUAUUGUGAGAGCGACCGGGAGUACCAUCGUGUCCUACCAUAUCAGGAGGUGGAUGAGUAUCCCUACGGUCCGCUUCGAAGUAAGAUCAAGGUGCUACAGUUUUUGGUGGACCAGUUUCUUACAACCAACAUCGCUCGUGACGAGCUGAUGUCUGACGGCAGUAUGCAGUAUGACGACCACUGCCGUGUGUGCCACCGCCUGGGUGACCUGCUGUGCUGUGAGACCUGCUCGGCGGUCUACCACCUGGAAUGUGUGAAACCACCCCUGGAGGAAGUUCCAGAGGACGAGUGGCAGUGUGAGAUUUGUGUGGCACACAAGGUGCCUGGUGUCACAGACUGUGUGACAGAGGCACAAAAGAACAGACCCUACAUCCGCCAGGAGCCCAUUGGAUAUGACCGCCACCAGAGGAAAUACUGGUUCCUAAACAGAAGGAUUAUUGUUGAGGAGGACGGGGAGCAUGAGAAGAAAAAGAUCUGGUACUAUAGCACCAAGGCACAGCUGGAGGAGCUCAUGGAGUGCCUGGAUAAGGAAUACUGGGAGAUGGAUCUCUGUGUCACCCUGGAGGAGAUGAAGGAGGAAGUGCAAGCUCACAUGGCCAUCACAGAGGACCUUACCAACAAAGCCCGAGGAAACAAUAAAGCCUACCUCACUGCUGUCAACGAGAUGAUCAUGGAGCGUGUGAAGGUCAGGCGGGAGGCACAGGAAGCAAAGAGUCGAGUAGGGGACGCCAAGCAGGAAGCAGAAACGGGCUGUGUUAAGACAGCGGAGGACGAGCUCACCUUGCAGCUUGGCGAGGACAAAGACACCGAGUCCAAGGAGGAUGCUAGUUCACAAGCAGCCGUGGUUCCCCCUGCUGCAGAGGGGAGCUCUGCGUCCAAUCCCGACCCCGGCUCAGAUGCACCUAAAACGGAAUCCCUUGAACUUAACAAUGUAACGCAGCCUGCUCAAGAGGCCGGGGAGUCACCUCCUUCGACAAAGUGGGAAAGAACAGAUGACGAUGUGAAAACCGAGUCUAGCAGUGAAGACAAGCACCCUGACGGGUCACAGGCUCUAACGCAAGAUUCGCCUCAGCAGCAGUCUUCUCAGCCAGAGGCGAGUAGUGGCGGCAACCAGGUUUCUGGAUGCGGGAGCCUCAGGAGACCAGAACAGCCUGACGUGGCUGAUCGGUCCUCACAGUCCUCUUUUACCAGCCAAGAUGGGACAGAUGAGUACAAUGAAAGGGUCAAGAGUGAUAGAGGGAGAGCAGCAGGACGGGAAUCAAAUGACCAAACGCCCAGAGGCAGCAAAGAGUCAUCUCCUGUACGCUCUGACGGUGACACGUCGCGCCUCAGCUUCCUCAAAAGGGACCUGACCGUGAAUUUGAACAACUUGUUCAAAUUGGGCCAGGAGGGUAAAUACAGGGUUUACCACAACCAGUACAGCACCAACGUCCUGGCCCUAAACAAGCAUCAGCACCGCGAGGACCACGACAAGAGACGUCACCUCUCCCACAAGUUCAGCCUGACCACCGCGUCCGAGUUCAAAUGGAACGGCUCCAUCUACGGCUCGCGGAGCCUGACUGUCUCCACCCUGCGUCUCACCAUCAUCCAGCUGGAGACCAACGUCCCUGGACCUUUUAUGCAUCCGAACUGGGCAUCUCACAGGACCAAUUGGAACAAAGCAGUCCAGAUGUGCAGCAAAGCAAGGGAAUUUGCUUUGGCCUUGGCCAUAUUGGAGUGUGCCAUCAAACCAGUGGUCAUGCUGCCUGUAUGGAAGGAUUCUCUUGGACACACAAGGCUACACCGCAUGACCUCCAUGGAGCGGGAGGAGAAAGAGAAGGUGAAAAGGCGAGAGAAGAAACUGGAGGAUGAGGAGACACUGCAACAGGCCACGUGGGUGAAGUACACCAUCCCCAUCAAGCACCAGGUGUGGAAGCAGAAGGGGGAGGAGUACAGAGUGACUGGGUACGGCGGAUGGAUCUGGGUCAGUAAGACUCGAGUGCCGCGGUUUGUGCCAAAGCUACCAGGGAACACUAACGCAAACUACCGCAAAGAACUGGAGGCAGCUAAAAUCAGCAAGGAAAAUGCAACAGCUUGCACAAAUAAGUCACAAGCGUUGAUGGAGGCUGAGAAGCAGACUACUCAAAACACAGCGGAUGGGGACAGUGAACGAACCAUCACUGCGUCACCCGAGAGCACUUCAUUAGAGGGCUGUAAACCUCAGACCUCUAUAGAGGAAGAAAAAGCUACUGAAGAGGAGCAGAGAACGAAAACAGAAGAGGAGAAAGAAGAUGAAAAAAUGGAAGUUGACUCCUGCCCAGAAGCUGCUGCUUCAAGUGAUGAGCAAGAUACAGCUGGAAACAAAGGCCCUUGCUCACCCUCUGUGCUGCCUGUGAUGGAGGAACCAGUCCAGAAAGUUGAACAACCCCGGAGGGAGGAGACAGCUGCAUCGAAGCCCUACUACGAUGUUGUGAAUGUCAGCGAGGGCUUCCAGCUGCGGACAGCUUUUAAGAAGAAGGUAAAGCCCUCCAAACUUGAUGGGCUUUUAGAGCGCCGGGUAAAACAGUUCACCUUGGAGGAGAAGCAGAGGCUGGAGCGGGUGAGACAGGCAAUGCUGCUGUCAAAAAUGGCUACCACAAAGCUUGCUUGUGCUGUUAAGACCGAAGGAUCUACGUUAGGUAAACAGCAACCUGCUGCAGCUCCAUGUGUAAAAGAAGAGAAGGAGGAGAACCUUCAAGUGAAAGACCACGUGGUUAAAAAGCUUGACUUCGAGCAGGACCAGACGGAGAUGAAGGCAGACAACUUGGAUGUCAAAUCAGACACCACAACACCCAACCACAGCAAACAGAUGGAGGUAACUGCUGUGCAAGGGAAUGGUGGGGAGGCCUUAGCUCACAGAGAGAUUAAUGGAGGACCCCUAGCGAGCACUGAGCUCAACAGCAAAAACAAUUGUGUGUCAGAUGCAAUAGAAAGCAAAGACAAAACACAGAAACCAGAGGUGGCUCGUGUAGGCGAAAACGCUAAGAAACGCGGGUAUGAGGAAAUUGAACAAGGCAGUGGACAGAGCGAUACGGAGAAUAUGGAGGUGGACCAAAGCAAGACCAGUCCAGUGCAGGUGAACGGCAGAGCCGGGGUUGCCCCCCCUGCAGACUCGAAUGCCAACUCAGACCCAGCCAGACAAGUCCAAGGUGAGAUUAAAGAGCUUCAGAAAGAGCCUGUGAAGUCUCUGAUGAAUGGAAACCUCUCUCAAAACGAUGUGUCUGGCAUAUGUCAUCCACCUCCUCUGAAAGUCCCAAAACUGGAGAACCACGUGGCUGAUAAAGGAGACUCUCUCAAUAAGAAUGAGGAUGUGGCCACGAACAGCGAGGGUACAGCACCCGCUAAGCCUCCAUCUGCAAGCCCUUCUUGCCUGAAUAACAAAAGUAAUGACAAUAACAUUAGCAGUGAAGGUUUGAAGACUACCACAGAGUUUCAAAAUACGCUUCAGUCUGAUGUGAUGUCUGAAGCUGCAAAUAACGCAGUCUCCUCUGUUACCACCUCCACCACCACCCAGCCCAACUCCAUGGCAGUUGUCUCUCAGAAGGCCAAAGUUCCAGUCACUGACACCAAGAUGGGCACUUCUGGUUCAACAGCAACCAGUUCCAUGACGAUCAGUAAAGAGUAUUCCACCAGAGACAGAGUCAGCCUUCUCAAGUUCUCAAAAUCCAAAAAAGCACGCUCAGGCACAGCCCUGCCAUCCUACCGCAAGUUUGUGACCAAGAGUAGCAAGAAAAGCAUCUUUAUCCUGCCGAAUGAUGACCUGAAGAGGCUGGCGAGGAGGGCGAGCAUCAGAGAAGUGCCCAUCUUCAACUACAACGCCAAGCCCGCCCCGGAUAUAUGGCCCUACCCCUCACCUCGGCCCACUUUUGGGAUCACAUGGAGGUACCGUCUCCAGACUGUGAAGUCGCUGGCAGGGGUCAGUCUGAUGCUUAGGCUGCUGUGGGCCUGCCUUAGGUGGGACGACAUGGCCGUGAAGCCCUCUCCUACUGCAGGGACUACUCGAAAAGAAACCACGGACACAGACGUCAUUACAACAGAGAUUAUAAAACGAAGGGACGUAGGGCCUUACGGUAUUCGCUCUGAAUACUGCAUCAGGAAGAUCAUCUGUCCUCUUGGAAACAGAGACACUCCCAAAGAAACCCCCACUCCGCAGAGGAAAGGCCUGCGAUCGAGCGCCUUGAGGCCCAAGAAGCAGGAGCCAGCAAAGCUGUCUGGGCCUAUUGCUGUGGAGACUUGGGUGCCUGAAGAGGACCUGGAGCUGUGGGAGAUCAGGGCCUUUGCAGAAAGAAUCGAGAGGGAGAAGUCACAGGGUCUUGAUCCCUCCAAGAGUGGCAGCAGUCUGAAGACGGCAGAGGAUGUUAAAGCCCAGUUGGAGAAUCAGCUGAAACAGGCCAGACUGGCUGCCCAGCAGAAACGUCUGGAGCAGCAGAGACCGGGUACGCCUGCUGCUACGUCCACACCAACCACCACCACCUCUGCCAGCACUCUCAGCACCCCGGUGUCCAUGGGCCAGAGGACAAGUCAAGUCACAUCUGGAGCCAAGAUGGUCCUCGCCUCCAAACUGGGCUCUCCAGUUUCUUUCCAGCAAGACAAAAACUUCCAUCAGUCUUUUGCUUCCUGGGUCAAGCAGGGUCAGACCAACAACAGCUCAGCCUCCAGUGGCUCGGUGGCCACCGUGGCUAGCAGCAUUACCACUUCAGAGCAACCCUUCCAGAUCACUGGCAGCCCAGUGACUGUGGCUGGCCAAGUCCUCGCCGCCAAACUUCCGCUGCCCGCAAACAGCAAGAUUGUCACACUCAACAUGCCCACCACACAAGGAGGUGUAGUCCAGCAGAAAGUCUUGGGCAUAUUCCCUUCUGGGCCCCCUGCAAACCUGAGAACAUACAGCACACUGCAUCCCACGACUGGCAACAUCAACCUUCGAGCCACCACCUCUGCCUCAACUACCCUGCAACAGGCCAUCACAACUGGAGGCCAAACACAGCCGAACACGGCAUUGAGCCAAUCACCUACCCCGUCUACCUCUGUGGGCCCAGCGAUUGUCAGAGGUCCAGCGUUGGCUCAACAAGGCCAACCUCAGCAGGCUGUGACCCAGACAAGCCAUGGCCUGCCCGGAUCCACAGCUGUGCCUGGAUCUACACCAGUACAGACGACUGCAGCUCAGAGACCAGCGGGCGCUGCACCAACACCUCAAGUGGCCACCACAGCACCUGGACAGUCACCUGUAGCUUCCUCCCAAGCCAACAGACCACAGCAGGGUCAAGUUAAACUCACUAUGGCACAGCUAAUGCAGCUAACACAGGGGGCUCAGGGUGGAAACCCAGGUCUGACGGUGGUGAUCCAGGGUCAGGGCCAGACCCAGGGACAGUUGCAAAUCAUCCCACAGGGUGUAACAGUCAUCCCUGGUCCUGGUCAGCAGCUAAUGCAGGCAGCUAUGCCCAAUGGUCAGGUCCAGCGCUUCCUCUUCACUCCUAUGCCCCCAUCCUCAUCAGCUUCCACUUCAGCAUCCACUGUUGCUUCCCCUACAAAGCCCACCAUAGCUCAGACCCCUCAGUCUCAAGGUCCAGCCCAAGUCCAGACGGCUCCCUCAGCCCUAGCCCAAACCCAGAUGGCUACCCCUGUACCUGCUCCAGCACAUGUUGCAGCCCCAGCUCCAACACAAAUGCCACGUUUGGCCCCCAUGCCAGCUUCAGUCCCUGUGCAAACCCACGUUUCAUGCACUACCCCAUUAUCAGUCUCUGCACAAUCACAAACAUCCACUCCUGUGUCUGCCCUUCCAGUCCAGGCCUCGACACAAGUUUCAUCUCCCACGCCAGCCUCUGUCCCUGCACAACCCCAAGUGGCAAGACCUGUGCUUGCCACAGCCCAAAAUGCAGUCUCAGCCAUGGUACAAAACCAAGCCUCCACCCUUUCACCAAACUCUUUCCUUUCUCAAACCCAAAGUGCAGGUUCUCUACCUGUCCCAGGACAAGUUGCACCUCAGUCCCAUACCCAGACAUAUGCCUUCAGUGCUACCCCAGCCUCAGCUCCUCUUCAAAUGCACAUCACUGCUCCUGCCCCUGCUUUAGCCCCUGUCUCAGGCCCAUCGACCUCAGCCCAAAUUCCCAUAUCUGCCUCUCUUCCCUCACCUGUCCAAGUUCCCACUCCUGCUCUUGCCCCUGUCUCUGCUCCUGUCAUUGCUGUUGUGUCCACCCAAAUUGCUUCCCCAUCCCCAGCCAAAGCUCUAACCCAAAUCCAAGCCACGGCUCCCCUUCAUGCUGCUGUGGCCAAUGCUGUUGUCACUCCAGUAACGGCCACCUCCACAACACCUUCAGUACCAGCUCUGACAGAGCAGAGGGCAGCUCAGCCGCAGGUCUGGAUUCCGGCCUCAUCUCAAGCCCAGACUCCAGGUCAGCCCGCUCAGCUAGCUGCAGCUCCCAUUCAGUCAUCUGCCCUGGCCACUUUGCCAGCCUCUGCACCUGCAUCAGUCUCUACACAUUCACCCAUUUCUCCUCUGCCUCAAGCAUCCCUUCCUCCUCAAGCUCAAGUACAAGUCCAGCACAAUCCAGUUGUGUCUCCAAUUCCAGUCUCAACAGUGCAGGUUCAUAUGAAGGGAUUACCAGUCUCUUCUGUUGUUACCACUGUGAGACCUACGCAGCCACAGCUCCAGCCCCAAAACCACACUCAGCUUCAACCCCAGCGUCAAGCCCAAAUCUGUGCACAGAUUCAGGUCCAGCCCUUCAGCCAAGUCCAACAAAUGCCACACAUUCAGGCUCAGGCGCAUCUCCAGGCCCAAGCACAAGCCCAAAACCACUCCCAGGUCCGUGUUCAGCUGCAAACUCAGCAACCAGCCCCGGCCCAAGUACAGCCACUUAGUCAAAAUCAACCUCAGGUGCAGUUUCAGUCCCAAACCCCAAACCAACCAUUACCCCAGGUCCAGGCCCCAGCCCAGGCCCAGCUGCAGUCCAGGGUCCAAUCUCAGUACCACACCCAGGUACAAGCUCAAAACCAGCCCCAGGCUCAGCAGCAGCCUCAAGUUCAACCUCAACCCCAGGUGCAGUCUCAGGCCCAUACUCAGCUACAGCCCCAGAUCCAAACCCAACUCCAUCCCCAGGUGCAGGUCCAGUUCCAGCAACAGAGCCAGGGUCAGCCGCAACCUCAGGCCCCACAGCAACCCCAGAUCCACACUCAGCCACAGGUCCAAACACAGCCCCAGUUUCAGGUGCAGUCACCACAGCAGGUCCAGCAACAGCUUCAGGUCCAAGCCCAGCCCCAAGUCCAAGCCAAACUACAAGUCCAGUUCCAGCCUCAGAACCAAACUCCAAUUCAAGCGCAGCCUCAGCUUCAGGUCCAGUCUCCAAUCAGACAUCAGCUUAUCACAGUGCCGGGCCUCCAGCAGCCAGUCCAGCUACUUUCUGCUCUGCCACCGCAUGUUGCUGCCCAGAUCCAAGCCCAGAUCCAGGCACAGGCACAGCAGCAGGGUGGCGCAGUUCCCCAGCAGAUCAAACUACAGCUGCCUAUCCAGAUCCAGCAGACAGGGGGGCAAAUUCAGGCCCACCAGAUCCAGAACAUGGUGACAAUACAGGCACCAGCAAGCGUCCAGGAGCAGCUCCAGAGGAUGCAACAGCAGCAGCAGCAGCAGCAGCAACAACAACAACAAGUACAGCAACUACAACAACAGAAACCAAAGAAGAAGAAACACCAUGAGGCUAAAAGGGACCAGAAAGAGCAGAACCUGCAGGCUGUUAGCCAUGGCGAUGGCAACCAAAAACAGGGAGUAGUGAAGCAGAAUGUUACAGCAGAACAGCUGAAACAGAGGAAGACCCUGGCUGCAGCUGAGCGAGAGGAGAAUCAGAGAAUGAUUGUGUGCAACCAGGUGAUGAAGUUCAUCCUUGACAAGAUUGAGAAGGACGAGAAGCAGGCAGCUAAGAAGCGAAAGAAGGAGGAGGUGGUGGAGCAGAAACGCUCCAAACAGAAUGCCACCAAGCUGACUGCACUGCUGUACAAGCACAAAGAACAGCUGAAGGCUGAGAUCCUGAAGAAGAGGGCCCUGCUGGACAAGGAACUGCAGCUUCAAGUACAGGAGGAGCUGAGGCGGGACAUAGCCAGGCUACAGAAAGAGAAGGAAAAAGCGAGAGCUGCUAUCACCCAGGCUGCUGCAGCAACGGUCAAGGCAGCCGCUUCCCACUCCUCCCAUCCCUCUCACUCUACACAUUCCUCCCACAGUGCGCACACAGGGCCUUCACCUUCCUCAUCCCAUAAACGUAAGCGGGAAGAAGAGAAAGAGAAAGACAGAAACAGAGACAGGGACAGGCAUCACGAGAAAGACAAGAAACGAGACAGGGAUAAGGACAGAGACAGACAUAGAGACCGAGAUAGGGACAGAAACGGGGAUCGAGAGAGGGAGAAGGACCGAGAGCGGGACAGACAUAGGGACAGGGACAAAGACAAGGACAGAGAUUCCAGCUCUUCAAAACACAAGAAGAAAAAGAAGUUCUCUUCUACCUCAAAGGAACACAAGAAGGACAGCAAAUUGUACUGUAUCUGCAAAACCCCCUACGACGAGUCAAAGUUUUACAUAGGGUGCGACCUGUGCUCCAACUGGUUCCAUGGUGCAUGUGUUGGUAUCACGGAGAAAGAGGCUAAGAAGCUGGAGGACUUUGUGUGUAAUGACUGCAAACGUGGUCAGGAGGGAGGAACCAAUGAGGAGUUAUACUGCAUCUGCCGGACACCAUAUGAUGAAUCACAGUUUUACAUAGGCUGCGACCGCUGCCAGAACUGGUACCACGGGCGCUGUGUGGGCAUCCUGCAGAGUGAGGCCAAUCACAUCGAUGUGUACGUCUGCCCGCAGUGUCAGUCAACAGAAGAUGCCAUGACCGUCCUCACGCCGCUCACUGACAAAGACUAUGAGGGGUUGAAAAGAAUAUUACGCUCGUUACAGUCUCACAAGAUGGCAUGGCCUUUCCUGGAACCAGUGGAUCCCCAUGACGCACCUGAUUAUUAUCGCGUAAUAAAGGAGCCGAUGGAUUUUUCAACAAUGGAAACCCGUUUGCAAAAGCGACAUUACCACAAGCUCACCGAGUUUGUGGCCGAUGUGACCAAAAUCUUUGACAACUGCCGCUAUUACAACCCCAAUGACACGCCGUUCUUUCAGUGUGCCGAGGUGCUUGAAGCUUUCUUUGUACAGAAGCUUAAAGGUUUCAAAGCGAGCAGAUUGUCAGAUUCUUAAGUGGGCCAGUCUGGAUGGACUGGAUGCUGGGGUCUCUAGUAAUAAUGACAUGGAAACUUUCCUAUUUCCAGAACAGCAAAAAUUAUAAUAAUAAUGUUAAUUAAAAAUAGAACAUCACAAGAACACACAAACACCAAAUGUGCUUUCGUGUAAAUGCCACCAGUUCAACAUUUUCAGUAACCAUUAUGAUAUUCAGUUUAGUUAUAAAAUGGCAGCCAUGUUGACAUAUGUUCAUCAUGUAAUUGAGGGACAUGCUUUCUUCUCCUCACUUAAAUCUAAAUCUGGCCUUUUCUAAUGAGUUAAAAGUGUAGUUAGAAUGUUUUCAGUGGGAUUUUAAAUCCAUUUUAGUUUCUAACUUUGGUUUACAUUCUCUUAGACAUCAGAGUUGGACUGGAUUAUGUGUUGACCUUACCGGGUGUAAGAAAAAAUGUAUAUAAAGCUGCAUAUUUUAUUAUACAGAGGUAUUUAUGAGAAGUUUUGUAUGUUGCGUCCGUUCUGAGUUUAACUGGUUGAGGGUGGUUGUCUUGAAUGUACAUGCUUUUUUAUUGUGUACAGUGGUUGUAAGGUAUGUCUGACUCUGUAUUUCAAUGUUUUAAAUAAUAAUGAAACAAAUCAUUUUAGAUAGUAUUAUUUUAUUAAAAUAAAAUGUUCUACAAAGAAUGAGGAAUUUUGACCUGAUUUGGCUCUUCACUCAACAUAGUUUGUAGUUGUGCACGAUUGUAACAAAGGCCUUCCCGCUAAAUUACACCAACAUGGCUGCAGGAUCCUCUGCCGACCCCUGUGCAUCCUCUGUCUGUCUGUUGAGAUGUCGCAACAAGAAGUAUAAUGCGAAGGGCUCUCAACUUUCCCCUCUCUCCGCACUCUGUAGGUCUCAUAACAACAAGCUACAGUGUUCUUCAGCCUCUUAGAAAGCACCGCACAUUGCUCAGACAGAAUGCACUUGCCAAGAAAUAUGGCUUUUCUGAACUGUAACUCUGUGACGAGACUCUUCUGCCUCAUCCUGUUUGGGAUCUGCUCCUCUGACUGUUGGUGCAAUCAGCACUGCUGCUUUCACAGAAUUGUCCGAGCAGAGCUGCCUUCUGCCUGUUUUAGCUCUAAGGGACCUAUUUGGACCUGGCCUUCGUCAGUGCGACUGUACUGAGGAGCAUGAACAACUGAGGCAUUUCAGAAGAACGUUUACCUCGAAGAAAAGACUCUUAAGGAGCCCACAUAUUUCCAUGUUCUUUAUUUUUAUUUUUUUUUUUAUUCCAGUUUUUUUUCUUGUUAAAAAUCACUCAGGCCAUCUUUGUGGUCAUCAUGUGAAAUGAGAAAUAGGAAAUCGAAUACUGACGUACAAUGGCUGAGUUUUACUGAGCAUAACGUAUCAAGAGUUUUGUGUCUAAAUUCAGAUAUCGCAGUGGAACAACUUUUUUUCUCCCAUUUCCACUCAUUGUUUAGUCUGAAGUGGCAUGAAAGACAGUUGUACUUAAUAUCUGGACACCAGUAGUCUGCUUGGUUAAACUUCUGUAAUUUACUGAAAGUAUGGUAAUAAGCUACUGUAAAUGGAUUGCUCUGCAAUACUGACUGACAGAGAAGGAUUAAACAGUGUAUUUGAAGGUUCCUGCCCUGUUUGUAAAAAUUUGUCAGAUUUUGACUGGAUUUCUUUUCCUUUUUUUGUAUUACAUCUGAAGAAAUAUUGAUGUAUAUGGAACGUAAUAAAAUAGAAAACACUGAU